GCCGCCGCCGCCGCCGCCUCGGGGCUCCCGCCGCUCCCCUCUUUCCCCGGCGGGAUCCGGCUCUCCUGAGGGGGCGCGAGGGGGGCUGUCGCCGCGCGUCAUGAUGUUGGGGUCGCCGGGGCAACCGCCGGGGGGGGCGGGGUCCGGGGCAGCGGCCGCCGGGUCCGCUGCCGCCACUGCCGGCAGCGGGGCCGGGGGCGUCGCCAGCUUCCCGUGCGGCGGGGUGUCGGAGCGCUUCCUGGCGCGCUACGUGCAGGACUACUUGGAGUGCGUCGAGUCGCUGCCGCUGGACAUGCAGAGGCUGGCCUCGCUGCUGCGCGAGAUGGACACGCGAUGCCGCGAAGCAUUAAAAGAAAUUGAUGAAGUUUAUGAAAAAUACAAGAGCGAAGAGGAUCCUGUUCAGAAAAAGCGUUUACAGCAGCAUCUUCAGCGAGCCUUAAUCAACAGUCAAGAGCUAGGAGAUGAGAAAAUCCAAAUAGUUACUCAGAUGCUCGAGUUAGUGGAGAACAGAGCCCGGCAAAUAGAGUCUCACUCUCAGUGUUUUCAAGAUCUUUCAGAUACUGAUAAGCCGAUUGAAAAGUCAAAAGUGGAUCCUUGUCAACCAGAGAGGUCUUCACGGAGGCCCCGCCGGCAGCGUACCAGUGAAAGUCGUGAUAUAUGUCAUAUAGCAAAUGGAAUUGAUGAGUAUGAUGAUCAGCCUCCUAAAGAAAAGAGAUCCAAAUCUGCCAAGAAGAAGAAACGCUCUAAAGCUAAGCAAGAAAGGGAAGCUUCACCAGUAGACUUUGCUGUAGACCCUAACGAACCAACUUACUGUCUCUGUGACCAAGUGUCUUAUGGGGAAAUGAUAGGGUGUGACAACGAACUGUGCCCCAUUGAGUGGUUUCAUUUUUCGUGUGUUGGACUCACCUAUAAGCCAAAGGGGAAAUGGUAUUGCCCCAAAUGCAGAGGAGACAAUGAGAAGACUAUGGAAAAAUGUAUAGACAAAUCCAAAAAAGAUAGACGGUCGAGGUAGUCAAUGCUCUACAUGUGUUGACAGCUGCUCGGUUUUUAGUUUUAAAAAAACUGUUUAAUAAGCAGACCAGUAUUUUAGAAAAAUGCAUAAAGCUAUGCAAUAACUUUUAAAAUCUCAGUACUAAUGGCAUAUUAAUAGAUGUUAGUACUGUUGCGAUCUGAAUAUUCUGCACCAAAUAACCAAAUUCUUCAAACAGGGUCACAUAGGAGUAGCACAGGGGGGGGGGGUCCAGUUUCCCUCACACUUCUUAAUAAUGGUAAUGUUGAUGCCUGAGGAACUGGAGGGAUAAUCAUGUUAAGACUGGUGUGUUAACAUCUAUUGCAGUCACUCACGACUUUAGUUCAGUAUAGCUUGUUCUGCUGAGAACCCUUUAGUUCUAUGACGCAUUUACUUUUCACAGUCUUAAGGUAAUAAUUUGAAUUGGGGUCUACAAUCUAAUGUUCCUUUUAAAGUCUUUUAAGGUGAAAGCCAGCCUGCUUCUUUAUUGCCUUCCAUGUGAUCUGCAUAUAUGUCUCUAACUUAUUUAUGUUAAUCUUGUGGUGGUGAGUUUAGAUGUCUAUGUUUUGAGAAAGCGUAUUAAGUGAUGAAAAGCUCGUGGCUAGAAGAAUUCCAAUUUCCAUUAUAAUGCCAGUCCUGAACAGGGGUGGCCUGUCUUUUCCAUGCUGAUUCUUCUGAUAACAUCAGUUGUAUCAUCUUGCUUCUGACUCGGUCUGAGGCUGUUGGAAGCAUUUGCCUGAAAGAAAAGCUGGACUAGUUAAAUUGAUUUAAGUGCAGUAGGUAGGACAACACCUGUCUUGACUAGGAGGAAUACAGCGAUUGUUUAAAAGAUCCUACAUUUUUCAAAGGUGUAGAUGGCUUCAUAAUACCUGACAAAUAAGGGCCUUCGAAACAUAGUAACUGAUGGUGCUCCAAGAGCAGGCAUUCUUCCUUAAAAGAGUCUUUGAUGUAGUUGUGGUCUAGCUGUCUGAACAUAACACUGUAGUUUUUUUCCAGAUACUAAGUAUUCUUUCUGGCAGAUCAGUGAGUUCCACUUGCAUUUUAUAAAGGAUGUUACCAUGUUCAUACAAGGCAAUAGCAAUGUAAAAUAAAUAGAUAAAACAGUCUUGAGAA